CCAAAGUCGUCUAUUUUCGAAUGGGCGAGACCACCCGCGUCGGUCCUAGUCCGACGGCGGUGCGCUUCUGCGUACGGCGGAACCGCUCGGCCAUGCUUGUAAGCCUUAUCAUGUUGCUCAAUAUCCUCUCCAUGCCCAUGAAGGCGUACCUCUCCGAGUUUCUCCCGUGGCAAACCGUCCCGGCACUACCCGACGCAUUUGCCAACUAUUCGAGCUUUUCGAAUGCGACGCUAGCGUACCAGCAGGCGCACUACACGCCGUGGACGCUGCCGAAUGGCUCCAAGUACUUUGACGACGCUGCCAUGGACGUCCAAGUGCUCCGGGCGACGCUGAAUUUGACAAACCAUGAGCCAAUACGGUCUCGCGCCGACUGCCUAGCGUCGUUCGUACUGGGCCUGCCAGGCUUGAUCUACUACACGCCAGUGCAAUUGGACCUCGUCUGUGCCCUCGCCGCGGACGCUGACGUCAACGCGUCAUCCUGGGACAAGGUUGGCGCGUGUUACGUUGACAAGUUUUGCACCAUCGUCAUUGGCCACUCGUGCGUGUGGCUGAGCGCCGGUGAUGCGGUCCAUGGCGGAGAGCUGUCGCCACACGUGGUGACGAUCACGUACACGUUUACGGGCACCCGCUUGAGCCAAUGGCUGUGGUGGAAGCUCGGGUUCCGCACCGUCUUGACGAUCUUUGUCGCGUGGCGUCUCUGGCAACAAUACUACGCGCAUUGCCAGCGCCUCCAAGAGUGUUUGGCUGUCCGCGGACACUGCGCCAACCUAAGUCCGACCGAGUGGCGCUACGAGCUCGUAUUGGGCGACCCGACCGCCAUCAUUCUCAUGGACCCAAGUGUCGCAUGCGCGUUUGUCGUAGAUAUUUGGAUCAGCACCAACUCGGUCGGCAUUGCGGUCUUGCGCGCGUCCCAGAACGGUGACCUCUACGUCAUGUUUGUGACGUUUGUCUAUCUCUCGCGGACGGUGUGGUUUGCCUACUGCGCGCUCUGCGUCGCGGCCUACUGCUUGAAGAAAUGGAAAAUCGAGCAUGCGUUUACCGAAGUCGACCCGACGCUCGUGGCCGUCGGUGUUGCGAUCUACGGCCCGCUUGUCUCGUGGCUCAGCGGUAAUGUCGGCUUCCUUGCGCUCUUGUACCAAUGGACGUUUACACUGCUUGUGCCCUCGUCCUUGCUCGGCCAGGAAAACGAACUCGGGCCGGGCUGCGCCAUGUACACGCUACUGAUUGCGUGCCUUCCACUGGCCUACGGCUUUGCCAUCCCGGCACUGCGCCACCGGUUCUGCAAGCACCGAAGCAAGACGCCCAAUUAUGCGAGUCCGUUCUACAACAGCAUCAAGAACCGGACGAUUUUCGGUCUCUUGGCGCCGUUCCGACCCUCGGCCGACGUGUAUCCAGUCGAAGCGACCAAGCGGAUUCUCGAGCGCGGCGGCGCCAUCUACUCGCUCUUUGCGACCAAUUCGCGGUACAAAAAUUGUCCGACCAUCAGCCUUCGAAGCGCCGACUGCUUCCUCCUCUGCUACCACAACGAGUCGCUCGUGUCCAAGAUACGGCUGAGUCUUCUCUGCAGCCUCGACUGCAACGCUGCGACACCCGAGCUCGCGCCUGCCCGCGCGUACCUCUCCGAGUCGUUUCCAGGCAUCGCCCCGACCAUCGUCUCGCCCGUCUUUGCGCCGUUUGGAGCUUUCGAAAACGCAACGCUCUCUGCCUACAUGACCGCGUACAGCGACGUAUCCGCGCUCGGGUACCAGUACGACCAAACGAGCAGCAUCUACGUGCUGCGCCGUACGCUCGACAUGUCGGCGACGCCCACUGCACUGCGCUGCGUCACGGAUUUUGCCUUGGGUCUCCCCGGCCUCAUCUACUACACCGGCGCCCAACUCAACUUUCUCUGCGCCUUCCUCGCCAGCGAUAUUCGGCGAGCGUAUGUGAACCACGGCGCGUGCCACGUCGAUCGGAGCUGCGCACUGGACAUUGGCUACUCGUGCAUUUGGCUCUCGCAGCGAAAAGAAGAUCCGCCUGACGUGUACGUUCUCUCGUAUGCGUACACGGCGACCCGCUGGAACGAUUGGCUUUGGAUCAAGUUGGUCUAUCGCAUUGGCAUCACGGGUCUAAUUGCUCAGCGUCUCUACAGCGGCUACUUCAAGCACGUGCGCGACCUCGAGACGAUCUUGCGCUCGCACGGGCACUGCCUCGGCUUGGACGCGCAUACGUGGCGGUACGAACUCGUACUGGGGGACCCCACGGCAAUUGUGCUCAUGGACGGGUGGGUCGCCUUCGCCCUUGUCGUCGAUACGUGGCUGAGUACAAAUACGAUCGGUGUCGCGAUACUUCUCGCCGCGCAGGCAGACGACCUCUGGGUGAUGGCUCUGAGCUUGGUGUACCUCUCUCGCACGGUCUGGUUUGCUUACUUUGCCCUCUGCGCGGUCGCACAUGCCUUGAAGAAAUGGAGAUGCGAGCACGCGUUCUGCGAGGUCGACCCGACGCUUGUCGCUAUCGCCGUCGCCAUCUACGGCCCGCUGCUGUCUCAACUGAGCGUUUUCGUCGAGUGGCUCGUACGCUUGUACCACUGGCUCUUUGUCGCGUUUGUGCCAAACGACGCAAAAGCGCAUGAGAACGAACUUGGACCUGGCUGUGCCAUGUACACGCUCAUGGUUGCCAGUCUCCCACUGUUGUACGGCCUUGCCCAACCGCCGUGGGCUCGCCAUAGGACAAGGUGGAGGCACAAGGUCGCGCCGGCCGUGCUGCAAGACUAUGCCAGUCCACUCUACAACAGCAUCAAAAGCCGCCUUUUGGUGCGCUUUCUAUCGACUUUGCAAGCGCCGGCACCGCGCGCUGAGGGCGGCUCCGUGUACGCUCUCUUCGCAGCCAAUUCGCGCUACAAAAACUGUCCGACCAUCAGCCUUCGAAGCGCCGACUGCUUUCUCCUCUGCUACCAUAACGAGGCACUCGUGUCCAAGAUGCGUCUGAGCCUCCUUGGCAGCCUCGACCGCAACCUUGGCGACCCGACAUUGGCCGUCCGCAUUGCCUCUGUCGUUGCCACCUCCAACAUGAACGAGCUCGUGCUCCACCCGGGUCAGCCACCGACAAUUCGACGCCCUUGGAUUCCGUCGCCGUGGUGUAUUUAACAACCCACUACUAUAGUUUAUGCUGAACUUGUCUGAGUUUCUACGGACAUUUGCCGCGACGAGUCUUAUUCGAC